AUGAUCACACUUGUGUUCAUAGCAGUCGCCCUCGCUGCCGUCAUUGCCCAAGAUUGCUCAGUAGUCGACGAAUAUUGCUGCCCUGGAAAUGUCGUUCUUCCCUCCAUUCAGCUCAAUAUCACACUGCCUAACGACAGUACAGCACCGACCACGCUAUUGAAUGUGCCCCUAUUCGACGAUGACUGUCUAUACCAUACCCCAUCACAGGCUGUAUACCCUGGCUCAUUCGCCCCAUCUGCCAUCACCGGCAUCGCCUUCUCCUCCUUCAACUUCGUAGACGCCACCGGCAACCCCCUUGACCAGCGUAGCCUGACCUCCUUCCUGGGUUUCGUCUCCCUAUGUCUGGGUUCCACGGGUGCGACCAUGCUUAGCGCACAAGAUUUGUUCAGUCACAGUCUGGUGGUUUGCAAUAUUAAGCCAGAUGGAGAGGGACAGCGCAUUUUGGACGGGGUUUCUUUUGGGUCGGAGGAGAUAGUGUUCGUGUCUCCACCGCAGAGAGAUGUGGCUUUCUAUGCGUGUUGCAUUGACUAUGGAGGGGACAACUGUGCGGAUCAAGUGGCUGAGGCUAUUGGGAUUGGUACGUAA